AUGCAGAUUUUUGUAAAGACACUAACUGGAAAGACCAUAACGCUAGAAGUUGAGCCGUCUGACACGGUUGAGAAUGUGAAGACGAAGAUCCAGGACAAGGAGGGCAUUCCGCCAGAUCAGCAGCGGUUGAUUUUUGCAGGGAAACAGCUUGAGGAUGGAAGGACGCUGUCUGACUACAGCAUACAGAAGGAAUCAACACUGCAUCUUGUGCUGAGGCUGAGGGGAGGAGCAAAGAAGAAGAAGGUGUACUUGACGCCGAAGAAGCAGAAUCUGAGGAAGAAGAAGCCGGCGCUGUCGUGGCUUGGCAACUUCAGUGUUUCUGGCGACAAGGUGAAGUUGUGUGGAGUGCAAUGUGCGGAGUGUGGAGUUGAGGUGUUUUGCAAACGGGUUGAAGGAGGAUAUGAGUGUGGAAAGUGCUAUGCUCGAUACGAGAAGAGCAUUGCUAGCGAUUAA